AUGUUCACCCACGGCUGGAAGAAGUCAUCAUGGCGGUACCUAUGGGCAGUACCUGUGAUAUAUCUCGUUGUAGCUGGGCUUGAGGCAGUUAUGGCUGGGAGUAUUGUUGGCUUAGUACUGGGCGCCGUCUACUCCGCAGGAUACUACGAGAUGAACACUUGGAUUCCAUGCACCUGGGGCUUUAUCAACGUACUGGUCCUCAUCAUUUCUUCUUUCUCGAUACAGGGCGGACUUUAG